AUGGCCAUUCUUCAAAUCUGGGAUGCUAUUAUUGAUGAAAAAGUUUUGUUCGACAGCUCAGGCAUUUAUAUGAUUCCCAGCCGGAUAAAUAUCGGAUCCUUGGGACCACAGACGUUUAUAGUUCCGCGGCUUAAGACAUGCCCCGCAAGCUUGGAACCGCCCUACGCGCACGGCCAUACUUUCGCAAAUGUAACGGAGUUACAAACGCAGGUUGUGCAGCCUAGCAAUGAGAUAUACGCAGAGGCUUUCGCCUUGUCGGAGUUCGAAAACACCAAUAUUGGCGGAUUUGAAAAUAACGAAAAUGAAAAGGAAUUCGACAUCGCGGACAGCGAGGAUAGCGAAGAGGAGGAGGGUUGGGAGGAUGAAAAUGAAUAUACAGAUGACGACGAAUACGAUAACAACGAUGACGGGAGUGAUGGUGAUUACGAAGAGAUAAACGAAAAAGGAAAUAUGUCCCGGGUAUAUGGCCAGUCCCAGAAAUCUACCGAAGGCUGGGGGGACUCUUUUUCGGAACUUAUCAAACUGGACAUGGAUUUGGUAAACAACACCCAGGAGCUCGACGGGGGAGCGGAACCGCUUCGGAAGAUCCUAACCCCUGCCGCCUCUAGGAAGUCCGUGAAACGUGGGUUUGCAGGUAUCGAGGGAGGUGAGAAUGGGACACAAAGCAAGAAGUCAAGGAAGCAACAGAAGUAA